UAUCUGAUAGCUCACAAUGAAGAAAAUAAAGAAUAUCAGGAAGUUUACAACUUCUUGCAACCAAGUGGAGCAAGCAUAUAAAGAAAAGAUAGAACUACAAAGAAGGCACGUGACAAUUUUGUAUUUAAUCUUAGGAGAUAGAUAUACCUCAAAGAAGGUAGGUGACAAUCACUUAGAAUCUCUAUAUAAAGCUUCCAUUCUCUCAACUUACCAAAACAAAAGCUUCUAUUCUCUCAGUCAUAUUACUAAACCAAUCCAUUUCUACCUUUCAUAAACAUGGCAAAACUUGGCCUUUGCUUGCUAAUACUCUUCUUCUUCCAUUUUAUGGUUGACAUGGUUGAGCAUACUGUUGCCACAAAUUCCAGUGCCACAAAUUCCGGUACCACAAACUUCAUAAAAGCCUCAUGCAAAGUCACUAGCUAUUUUGCGUUAUGUGUUCACUCUCUCUCGAGUUAUGCCAGUACAAUUCAACAGAGCGAUCAACAAUUAACUCAAGCUUCCUUGUCAGUGAGCCUGGCCAGGGCUCGAUUGGCUGCAGUGUAUGUGUCCAAGAUGACUAAAACUUCAGGUAUCAAACCUAGGGAGUACCAAGCUGUGAAAGAUUGCAUUGCUAACAUGGGCGAUGCUAUAUACCAGCUUAAUAGAUCGGUUCAGGAGCUAGGCUACAUGGGUAAAGCUGGGGCUCAGGACUUUGCGUGGCACAUGAGCAAUGUGCAGACAUGGGUCAGUACUGCGCUCACCAGAGAGAACACUUGUGUUGAUGGAUUUGCUGUUCAAGGCAUGGAUGGAAAUAUGAAGACUGCUAUUAAUAAUAGGGUCACCAAUGUUGCACAACUCACUAGUAAUGCACUCGCACUGGCUGGCCGCUAUGCAGCAAGACACAAAGCUGCUUCGACCACCAACGUUCCUUAAUUAGAUCCCGUCUUAAAAGUUUCUCAUCAUGCAGGUCUGUAGGUAAAUGUUAA